AUGACGAAAGACUGGCUGCAGGUGAAGGAUAAGAUAAGGGAGUUAUAUGCUGUGCAGGGGAAGUCUUUAACGGAGGUAACGCGGAAUCUCCGUAAUGAAAAUGGGUUUAACGCCUCCACGCGCGCCUACCGCUCCAAACUAUGCGAAUGGGGCUUCAAGAGGGGACGACGGCCCUCGGCUUCACCACCAGAACAUCUGCAGGAAAUCUCUCCCACCCCAAUCCUUGAUUCAUCCCAGGAAGUGGCACGCACGAACACCCUCGAAAACGACGUAGGGGCACAUCAUAUUCCAGACGAGGUCAUCUCAAGUCUCGUAGACUCCAUACAGCACUCCCAUGUCGAACGCCUGGAAUCGUUCCUCCAAGGUCCAUAUCGCUUUGUGGUCAACAACUGGCAUAUCGGCUUCACAUCCUUCUUCCACGAAGAAGCGGCCGCUCCGGAGGUGCUUGGAAAAUCUUUGUUGUCCCUGGCAACCUCACAUUCAACCCCGGAAGUUGUCAAACUUCUAUUGCGCGAAGGCGCGGAUGUCAAUCUAAAGGACCUUCGGACCUGCGAGACGCCGCUCAUGGCCGCAAUCAGACGAGGCGAUUGCUCCCUCGUGAGAUUGCUAUUGGAAAAUGGGUCUUCGAUGGCGCCUCUCAACUCGGACGGACUUCAUGCGCUUCAGGUAGCCGCCCUCUUCGCGAACAAGCGUAGAAUAAUAGAGCAGCUAGCCAUGCCACACAGCGCACUCCUUGAUGCCCCUGCAGCUGAAGGCCCAUAUCGGGGAGCGACCACUUUUGAGCUGGUAUUGAAGCGCAGAGCCAAAUGUGCUUACAGUUCCGACUAUUCCCUUGUGAACGAAUAUGCCCACAUUCUCCUAGAUGCUGGAGCACAGUUUGAAGGACUGGAACGUCUGAUCGUACUGCCCCUGCUAGACCGACACCUAUCCAGGCUGGACAGUAUCGCGAACGACACACGCGGCCUGCUCAUCGAGUUCCUCAAAGCAGGUCUCAACCUGCAAACUCUGAUAGGAAAUCUUCCAGACAACGGCCAUCCGGGCUUGCAGACCCUUCUACACGCCCUUGUCUUUCAUUCGCCGAUGUCAGGAAUGGCUCCCUUCCUCGCGGAAUUGAUCGAUGUCAGCAAUUCGGGUAUACUGCACACCAUCUGUACCGGCUGCAUCUACGACUACUCCACCACGAAUGAUAACGAUAUUUGCAAUACCGUAAACACCCUACUGGAGCGCGGCUUGGACCCCGACAUCCUCGACGAAUCAGGACAUACGCCGCUAUCCCAAUUGAUCGAUUACAUCAUGUUCAUACCACACCAUCGAGAGCCUUUCACGCAAAUGGAGAUUCUUCGGGCGCUACUCAGGCACGGCGCUAGCCCCUACCGCGUCAUUGCCCGUGUGUGUCCCGUCGAGCAGGUCUUGAUGCCGGUGACAUACUGGAAUUAUAGCAAGAGGUUGCAUGCCUUCGACGUCGUAUGCCUGCUGCUACAACAUAUGCCUGAAGAUAUGCGCAAUGCUCCGCCUUGGCAACGCGAGUUCUUCCCCAUCACCGUAAAGUAUCAUGAUUACUGCAAAGGUUCCCGCUUUGAACAUGCUCUCACGAUGCAUCCAAUCUUGUCGAAGUGCGCCAUAGAAACCUUGCGACUCGCCGCGGAGCAUGUGGCCAUGGGGUUUUUCAUAGACGAAAAGCUGUCACUCAAGAAGGAAGAGAGAAACUACGCCGGCAUCUCGGAGGUUCUGACGCUGCAACGGGACCGGCAUUUUCCGCCCAUCGAGGACAGGAGAGUGAUGCCGCCGCAUGCUUCAGUCCUCGACAUGCUCGAACUGCUUGUCGAACAGCGCCCAACAGACACUGCAAGGGAUCAUGACGCUUCCGACUCCGCCCUGGCUCCUCGUCGUUCUCUCACUUUGUCCGAAAUGCGCGAGUAUCCGGCUCUCCGUCCGUCGAUGCACCCCUUUCUUCACAGGCACCCUGGAACCAACCCCCGGGCCUCCCAGCAGAUCCUCGCUGACGCCAGCGAGAAGAGGAUAUCGGACGUGCUCGCCGCCGUCGAUAACAACUUUGCCGGAAGGAGGUCAUCGGAUGCAGGCACCUUUCCCGACAGCUUAGUCCAUCCCAUUCCCAGGCUCCACGGCUGA